UUGAUUGCACAGUACUCACUUCUAAAGGAACAUGAGGUGGAGAAAAUAUUCACACUCAAAGGAAGCCGCUUGCGCGCAGCGGAUGUCAAGAAUAUAAUUUUUUUCGUCAGAGCCCGGCUAGAACUGAUGGAUAUAAUUGCUGAAAAUGUGCUUAGUGAAGACAGACAUGGCUCCACAAGAGAUUUCCACAUUUUGUUUGUGCCCCGGCGUAACCUGCUGUGUGAGCAGCGGCUGAAGGACCUGGGUGUCCUGGGCUCCUUCAUCCAUAGGGAGGAGUACAGCCUGGACCUCAUUCCCUUCGACGGGGACCUUCUCUCCAUGGAGUCGGAGGGCGCCUUCAGAGAGUGCUACCUGGACAGCGACCAGACGGGCCUGUACCACGCGACCAGGGGCUUGAUGACCCUGCUGAGGCAGGGUGAUAUGCAGGACCUGCCCACAGAGGCCAAGAAGCUGCCGCUGGACUCAGCAGAGGAGCUCUACGCCGAGAUCCGAGACCGCAACUUCAACGCCGUGGGCGCUGUGCUCAGCAAGAAGGCCAAGGUCAUCUUGGCCACCUUUGAGGACAGGGACCUGCCCGACCCUGUGUGGUGA